UUGCUUCUAAUUUGACAAAGAAAUUUUUAUUCAAAUGUGUUUGUGUAUGACACUGAAACCUUCAUGCGCUUUAGGAAAGCUGAAGGUGUUCAAGCACGUGUUUGUACAGGAGAAUGAGGGGUAUAUGUGUGUUUUUCUAACCCUGAUGGUCUCAGGUUACCUGUGUUAGGCUAUGAUAAUGAGCAAUGCUCAGCAUACAUACAGGUUCACAGGGCUGUUGAACAUCCAUUAUGCUCCCCAGAGGCGUUGGAGGAGUCUAAAGGACGCGUUCCUAAACCUCCAGGACAGCCAGGACCCCGGCCUUGUUCCCAGAGCAAUGAUCUUCACACCAGAGCAGGUCAUUUGUGUUUGUGAGGUCCUUCUACAGGCUGGCUGCAUCGAUCGCCUGGCUGGCUUCCUCCGCACUAUUCCUCCCUCUUCUUCAGGCCUCGAGGAGCUGGAGGGCGUCCUGAAAGCCAAAGCUGCUGUGGCUUUCCACCACGGGCGUUUCUCGGACCUCUACGCUUUGCUGGAGAGCUUUCCCUUCUCGUCAAGCAGCCACUGGUUCCUGCAACAGCUCUGGCUAAGAGCCCGCUACACUGAGGCCGAAAGGCAGAGGGGCCGGCCCCUGGGAGCUGUGGGGAAGUAUCGAGUAAGGAGAAAGUUUCCUCUCCCGCACACCAUCUGGGAUGGAGAGGAAACGAUUUACUGCUUUAAGGAGAAAUCUCGAAGAAUCCUGAAGGAGUGGUACAGGCGCGGGCCUUAUCCUUCCACGCGGGAGAAGAGGGAGCUCGCGGCGGCCACGGGGCUCACAGCCACGCAGGUCAGCAACUGGUUCAAGAACCGCCGACAGAGAGAGCGGGCCACGCGUGUUGGUUUACCAGAAAGAUGUUCUCCUGGACCUCCACGACAAAUCCACCUGUUUUCUGACGAGUCAGCUCAAGACAACUCAAGACCCCAGUUGCACCACCACACCCCUCCACCCCUUUGUCACCCACCUUUUUUCUCGCAAGAAACACAUGGAGACCACUCCAGAUUUUAA